UUUUUUUUUUUUUUUUUUUUUUUUUUUUUUUUUCGGCCAGCCUCUUUCAAUCAUGGCAACCUUGGCUGCCUUCACCACUGCUGAGAAAACAGCCCAUAACACACACAAAUUUGCUUUUACCCUAACCCCAACAAACUAUGGGUAUUGGAAAGCCAUGAUCGAACCUUUCUUGCUUACAAAUAAUCUGUUCGAUUAUGUGGAUGGCACCAUUCCUUGCCCAGAACCAACUGUAAUCAUUCCAGCAUCUAAAGAAGGUGAAGCUUCUUCAACCACUGAUAACCCCAGUUAUUCCCGGUGGAUUGCAAACGAUGCCCACGUCCGGAUGAUAAUCUUAUCAACAAUUUCUGAAGCAUCAUUUCAGCAUGUUCAAGGUAACACUUCUCGUGAUCUUUGGCUUUCUUUAGAACGUGCUUAUGCACCCAACACAGCCUCUCGUGAAUACACUUUAAAAACUCAAUUGCUCAGAAUAAUGAUGAAAGGGGAUGAAACCCCAAUUGCAUAUUUGACCCGAGCUAUGGAAUAUGCCUCUGCUUUGUCAAAUAUUGGUGAACCUAUGAAAGAUAAGGACCUAGUUAUGCUCACAAUAUCUGGAUUAAGAGAUGAAUACAAUGGUUUAAAAUCCAAUCUUCUAGGCCGACACCCACCAAUCACGUUUAAUGAACUGCCUGGCUUAUUAUCUGAUCAUGACUAUAUGAUCAACAAAGCACACCCUAUUACCCCUACCCCAUUGCCUCAAUUGUUUGCUGCUACCACAAAUCAACAGCCUACAAACACCAUUUCCCCUCAACAACAACUUGCAAACUUACAACAGUUACACCAGUUAGCAGCCCAAAUGGGAUACCAGUUGAACCCGGUUACACCGCCGGCCCAGCAACCUCAGGCCUUCUAUGCUGCCCGAUCACCGAACCAUCGAGGCAAUCGUCGGGGAAGCUCUCGGGGUAAUUACCGAGGCAGUCAAAAUCGGACCAGGGAAAAUACACAAUCUGGUGGUUCCAAUAGACAGUUUUCUUGGGCUUCAACACAUAAUAUGGUGUAUGGUCACUGUAACACAUAAUAUGGUGUAUGGUCACUGUAACCGAUGUGGCAUAGGACAUCUACCCUCACAAUGUCCAAACCAAUCUGGUCCUCGGUCUGCCCAGGCUCAGUCUCAGGCUAAUUUUGCAAGUUUUUCAGAAACGGGUUCAACCUCAGGAGCUACGUGGUUCCCUGACACUGGUGCUAAUAGCCAUGCCUCUCCUGACUUGUCGAAUCUUGACAACUCCGAAGUAUAUCAAGGACGAGUUUUCACACACUAUCCUUCUCAUGGGUCCAAGUAAUCAAGGCCUCUACUCCGUCCAUCUACCUCAGCUUAAAUCAAUUUCAAAACAAGUCUUUUCAGCAACCAAAGCACCCUCAAAAAUUUGGCAUCAACGUCUUGGUCACCCACAUGAACGGGUUUUCCAAUCUGUUAUUUCAAAUUGUUCUUUGUCAAUUUCAAAUAAAUUAUGCUCAACAUUAUGUACUCCAUGUCAGUUGGGAAAAUCUUCCAAACUUCCUAUGGAUAAUUCUAAGUUUCAAAGCAAUAAUAUUUUGGAUUUGAUAUUUUGUGAUGUUUGGGGACCCUCUCCUACUGUUUCUCUUGAUGGAUAUCGGUUUUUCCUAUUAUGUGUUGAUC